AUACGAUGGCGGUCUGCCCAUGGCUGCCUAAAAGCUAGAACGAACUCCGGAUAAGAUCUAUUCAUUGCUCACAUCGUCUGCUGAAAUUCGAUCGACCCUGAUAGUGUACCCAACGACAGCUUUAGGAUCAAUAGCAAUUUCCAGACAACUGUUUCGACUAUCGGGCUGUUCUGUCAUGGCCGACCCCUUGAGCAUCGCCGCAAGCAUUGCGGGACUCCUCUCACUUGCGGACAUUGUAUUUCUACGCUUGUCCAAGUAUGUCAAAUCAGUCAAGAAUGCCGAGAAAGAGAUCGGCGAUCUGCGCGACGAAGUCAAUCGAGUCGGAGGACUUGUCAACAUGCUGUCGCGAUUGGCAACCGCCCUAGAGGUGGAAGACGGGCCUCCCAUCCAGGGCUUCAGGAUUUACCACAUUGACGCUUGUGCAGCAAUCCUAUCCGACGUCAUCAAUAAGACGAAGAAGUAUGAUGAAAAAUCAGGGGUCAAACUUAAGAAACUCAUGUGGCCGUACACAUCUUCAAAGACCAAGGAAAUGCUGGCAGACCUAUCUCGACACAAGGAAAAUAUGAACCUUGCUCUAUCAGCCACUUCGUUAGAGACAUUGCUGCGUUGUCUUGCGAAAGAGGAAGAAAUAGAGCGAACGACAGCUGCAAUAUUAGCUGAUGUUCAAAAGACCCGAGAAAUUGCAGUUCGAAUUCGUGAGGAUGACCAGCGAAAGAGAAUCCUCGACUUCUUUCUGAAAUACAAUCCGCAGUCAAAUUACGAGAUGAGCGUAAAGCUACGGCACCCGAGGACUGGCAUGUGGCUUGAACGCCAUUCUUCUUUUCAGCAAUGGCUUAGAAACCAAGGGUCCCGACUCUGGUUGAGCGGCAUUCCCGGCGCUGGCAAAACGGUGCUCGCGGGCUCAAUCAUUGGCCAUGCUCUUGCGAGAAGCUCAGAAACCGUUGCUGUAGGCUUCUUCUUCUGCGACUACAAGAAUGAGAAGACGCAAAGCCCUGUCAACAUUCUUGGGGCUUUGGCGUACCAACUGGCGAGACAAAGCGAGGAAGCGUAUUCGAUGCUCGAAGAAUAUUACUCUGAGCUCCACCCAGACACGCGACUUCCUCGUUCUCCCAGCAUAGAAGACCUAAGGCGAACCAUUGCAAGGAUGGCUCAAGUCUUUGAACGUGCCUACUUCGUGGUUGACGGCUUAGAUGAAUGCGGAGAUCACGCAGAGGAGAUCGUGGAGGCGCUUUGCGAUAUUGCAGAAAACUCGGAUGAACUGUCGAUGGCGCUACUUAGUCGCGAUGAGGAUAACAUUCAACGACACCUUCGAGGUCCCGAGAAUAACUUCCACAAUAUAGAGAUUGCAGCUCACACGGAAGACAUCACCGAAUUUCUCACGUCGGAAAUCGAACGGCGCAUUCAUAACAGGAAGCUGGUACUCGAAGAUCUCUCUCUCAAAUCAGAGAUUUUGGAAAGCCUCGUCGCCGGGGCACACGGAAUGUUUCGCUGGGUUGCUUGUCAACUGGAUCACCUUGGACAUUGCAUGUCAGACGAGGAAUGUCGAGAAGCCCUGCAUCGUCUCCCACCUGACCUCCCAGAGACUUAUAUGCGCAUCUUAAGAAGAGUUCCCGAUGCAAAACAAACGUUCGUUCAGAUGACACUGCUUUUCAUUGCUUACGCUGAGCCAAGACUCGACACUGCGAGGUUGAGAGAGAUUCUUUCAAUACCAUCAACUAGCCAGCAUCUGGGCCCAUCUGGCAUCAUAAGGGAAGACUCAAUUGCCAGGUAUUGCAGCAGUCUGAUUCGAAAGUCAAAUGACGGAAUUUUUUUUGAAUUCGCCCAUUUCUCGGUUCAAGAGUUUUUGACAAGCAAUUUCUUACAGUCGUCUGACUUGGAAAUGUUUCACAUCUCCAAAUCUCACUGCAACAGGCUUCUAGCAGUGCGGUGCCUGGAAUACCUUCAGCUUGACAACUUCAACCAUACACCGAGGGCAACCAGUGAGGAAAUCGACUACAUGGAACACAGGAGCACCGAAUACCAACUCUACGAAUAUGCUGCACAAUACUGGCUGUUUUUCGCUAGAGAAGAAUGGAUGGAUUCUGAAUUACUAGCCGAGGCGAAGCGGCUGUUCGAUCCGCGAAAAUCUACACAUUUUACGUCAUGGGUAUCGACGUUAUUCUGGGUGAUCUAUAUCGAUAUAAUAGAUACUGAUAUCGAUAUGAAUGACUCCUUCAUGAUUAAAUUGAUAGCGGAAAUCACUCACGACAGCUUCCGACCACUACACUUGGCGGCGAUUUUGUCACUGCCAGAGAUCAGUUCAUUCCUGCUACAGACUUCAACUCAUCGCGAGACCAUAUGCUUUUUUGGAACUCCGAUUGAGUGUGCUGUGAGCUGUCUUUACGGGGCUCUCGAACAACUCGAUUCAAGUUUCACCAUGACGCGGUGGUUUGAAAUCGUUACAUCAAUGGGCGGAUUCGAGGUGUGCCAUACUCUCGAGACUGUAAAAGCAUUCUUGGAAGUGGAUCCCCGAGCACCAGAAGGUCUUUUAGGUGCUUCUCUGUGUGUUGGUAUCAGCAUAGCAGACUUUUCGGUCGCUCAAUUACUCGUCGACGAAGGUCUUGUUCCCACCCAAAGCGACUUGGACCGAUUCAAAGAAGCUAUGAGUAGCCAGCUCAAUUAUGAAGACCUUCAUUGUCAUGAUGAAGCUCUGGCAUCACUUUGCCAAUUUUGCGAAGCACUUAGCUCUGGUAUUGAUAAUUCGCCUUUGGAUUUUGAGUUCUGUCAGUCGGUGUGGGGAUUUUGCCUGCAGCUGGCUCCGGAUCCCGGUGAUCUCAAAGGCUUUAACAUCAGUUCCAAAGUUACCGACGAUGUACGUAGCCUCGAGGCGUUGGCAUUGGAGGUGGUCCGCUCAAACUUCGACUUCGCUACGUUGCAAAGAGUGGUUGAUGAUCAACGAAUAGAUGUUUCAUCAAUUCUAAGUCCUGGUCAGGAAGAUGGGCUGCUGCAUUCACUAGGCCGAGCAGGAGAUAGAACUGAAUACGAUGACACCUGGAUUGACCGGGCAGAAAAAGUCUUGGAUUUGCUGUUGAGCGCCGGCUGUAGCCUUUCCAAGCGCAACAGCGAUGGACACACACCAUUGACGCUUGCAAUCAGGGAGAAGCGGAUUGAAAUCGCCAAAGUCAUCCUAACGAGGUGCGAAAAUGAACCGACGGCUUGGGAGUGCCAGACACCAAUACUGUUGUUGGUUGCUGAAUCAGGCUCUGAGGAGAUCUUAGACCUACUUCAAGGUAUGGAUCUAGAAGUUCACCUGGCCGACUACGAAAAGAAAACCCCCUUGCAUUGCUUGGGUCCCAAUGUGGAGUUGGCAUUGGUCAAAAAAUUGGAAUCGCUGAUUCCAGACGCGAGGCAAUGUCGAAGCGAUGCAAAGUUGCCAUGGGAAUUCUAUAUGAAUACCAUCUCAGUCGAAAGAGGUUACUUGAUCUCGCCAGAUAUGGAGGUCCUGGAGUAUCUCGUCCAGCCGUUAGCGACUCACUUGGACCCUUUUGAGGCGACGAAGGUAUGGGAGUGCUAUGUUUCCAAAGUUUUGCAGAGCAAACAACUUGCAUCCAAGCAUAUCGAUGAAGCAGCCAAAUGCCUGGCGCGUGUUGGAAUAUUCGACAGUUACGAGAGAUAUCGCUUGAAGUCUGCGCUUCUCCCAGUCGCUGAAGCCUGCUCGAAUAAGUGGUUGCUAGAUCCGCACAACAUUAAGGACUUCCCUCUUACGGACGACACGCUGUGUUUCCUGCUGAAGACCACAAGCUACUGGGACAGCUUCGACGAAUCAUUAUGUGGCGUUGAACUUCUGAAAGUAUCUGCCACUCUCAACCACGACAUGACAGUAUUCCAGCUAUUGACGCGAGGCAUUGAUGUCCAUCGGCGUUACAAAGGGGUUUCCGCCCUGGAAUACCACUGUGCGUUACCAGCUAUCAAUGAAGACGACGUUGCCAGGGUACGGAAGCUCCUUGAUUAUGCAGAUUCCAUAUGUUUGAACCACACAAAUCCAAGCUCUGGCUUAGGGUUGAUUCAUCUCUCGAAUGAGGCGGAUGUACCGCAAUUCAGGCACGAGAUAGUUGAGAUGCUAGUAUGGCGUGGGGCUAGCCCAGAUCUUCGGGUUAAUAUCUGGCCACAUCCGUCAGCAUUAGUUCACCACUUGUCGAAGAAACGUUUUGAGUUGGCAGCUACUCUCUUCCGUCAAGGAGCGGAUCCCACAGUCCCGUGCCGAUCUGGAUGGACAGCGACUCACGUGGCCAUUGCAAAAGAUUGCGUUUCUUUCUUGUCCGACCUUCUCGAGCACAGAAACUCCAAUUUUGAGAUUGACUGGGAAGGCCAAAGUCACAAAGGCAUCAGGCCGCUGCACCAGGCAGCCCUAUCAUCUGUCGAUUGCCUCCAGGCUAUUCUUGGGAAGGUGGCAUCUAUCAGCCUGGAAGCGCCGGCAGAGAAUGGGCACACUGCUGUCCACUUUGCAGUGAUGGGCGGGAACACCAGUGCGAUUGAACUUCUGCAUGCACGAGGUGCAAAUAUCAACGCGAGGUCAAUCGACGGCCAAUUAGCACUGCAUUGCUGUUGGUAGAGGUAAUCUCAUGGCAGUCGAGAGACUCCUGGAGCUGGGCAGUGAAAUUUC